CCCUCUCUCCCGGUCCCCCGCCCGGGGUCCGCCCGCCCUGGAAGAGCGAAGAUGGCGGCGAACCAACACCACACCGAGGACCGCCGCGUCAUCAUCCCGCCAGGCGAGAGUAUCCUGAUGCACUACGAAGAUGUGGACCUCUCCUUCUCCAACGUGUCUGAGACGCCUAGCCUCCUGAAGGGCUCCCGAAAGGGGUCGCUGUACCUCACUCAGUACCGGGUAACCUGGGCCCCCCUUGGGGCUCCCUGGCAGAGAUCUAGGCCCUCCAAGGUGAUCUUUGUGGCGGCACGCAGUGUCAAGGACCCCCUGAUCUCUUUUAUGAUGCCAUUCAAUCUCAUGAGGGAUUAUUCAGUGGAGCAGCCCACCUUCGGUGCCAACUACCUGAAGGGGACCAUUUCUGCUGCCUCUGAUGGGGGCUGGGGAGGGCAUGCCACCUUCAAACUGAUCUUCCGGAGUGGAGGGGCCAUUGAGUUUGGCCGGCUAAUGACCGACUGUGCCUCCAAUGCUGCCAAAGGCCUUCCCCCUCCAGUGACGGUCUUUGGCUUCGGCCCUCAGUCCAGCCUCCUUGUCACUUUGGACAACCGCAGCAUCCCGCCCGGCCACACACAGUUCAUCUAUGUGCUGCCCAGCAAUGCCUCCUACAUGCCACCUCCUUCAGGGUACCAGGUGUCUCCUGCCUCAGGCUCUGGAUAUGGACCUCCUCCCCCUGGAUAUGGACCUCCUCCCCCUGGAUAUGGACCUCCUCCCCCUGGAU